UCACGUGAUCACGCAAUCACAACAAACGACGACGAGAUGUACAGAUGAGUGUUGACAGUCACGUACGCGUUCCUUUCCCCGAUGAUUUGGGUCGUAGCGUUUGUUUUUAAUCAUUUUAGGAGUGAACGUUAACGUUUCUAGUUUGUGUUUUAUUUACUUGGAGCGUGACUGCUGUUCGUAUCUUUGCGUCAGUCUUGUCCGGUCAUUGGCGAUGCCUCAGGAGUCUCCGGAGGGUCAGCAGGCGCUGCCGCGGCCGCUGGUCCGAUCUCUGGUCAGCCGGACACCGGCCUGUGUGGUGUUCUGUAACUGCAGCCCGCGCGUCGUGAAGCCCGUCUGGAUCAACUUCCGCGGGGAGCCGCAGCCAUACGCGGAUAUUCAACCGUACACCGGCCGAAGAAUGACAACCUAUGUGGGACACCCCUGGAUGUUUCGGGAUGCAGAAACUGAUGAUCCAAUGGUAGUCAACAAUAAAGAGAUGUAUUUGCCAGCCCACCUUGAAAAUCGACAAGUCUCAAUUGCCAACAUCACAUUACCUGUGCUGACCUUGCGAGAUCGCUGUCUGCAAGUUGUGAGGAGAUUGGUGCGCAGAGAAGAUAUCUCUCAGUUGGAGAUCGCCCGCUGCCUACAAGAUGACCUUGCUCAGAGACCCAGCAUUCAUACCGAUCUACGACGAAUUAGCCAGCGGGUGGAACAGAAGCUGCUGGAGAACGGAGAACAGCAAAACAGAUGAAAAUAUGAACAUUAGCAUGAAUGUGAAUAAGGGCAUAUUUACUAAGAAAACCUGUGCACCAUCACCAGGAAUGGACAGCAUAGUCAAAAAAAAAAAAAAAAAAAAAAAAAAAAAGAGAUUGUUCGACCUCAGAUCAGGAGGAAUAUUUUCUUAAGCAAAUGGAACUAGAAAAUGCAGUUUGUGUGACUCUGUGGUAGACAUUUGCGAUAUUAUAUUUUUUUGCUUACUUUUCUCUGUAUACUUUUACUCUUGUUUCAGAUUUAUACUUGGAAAAAUCUUUGUAAAAAAAAAAAAGUUAUUAAAUGUUUUUAAUUAUG